CCGCUUUUGGGUGCACUGGCGCUGCCGUCACUGAGGUGAACGUCAACCGGCGUGGAAAAACAACAAAAUACACACACGUGAGGGCGGAAAACGAGGAAAUUAUCGCAAAUUAUGGAGAUAGAAGAACCUGCGAAGGCGGAAAGUGAUGAAUUUGCAUACAUUAACCAAGGUUUCACGUCUGAAAUCUUCAAGAUUGAAGUGAAGAAUCUGCCGAAGCAUUAUGGAAUGGGGGAAUUGCGCAAGCUCCUGCACAAGCUAAAGCUGGACUUUGCCAAAAUCAAGCUCAUCAAGAGGAACAAUCCGUGGAUCUACAUUUGCUUCCGCUCCAGCGAAGCCAGAGAUCAGGGCAUCAAAGCACUGAAUGGGAUGUCGUGGAAGGGGAAGGAACUUGUGGCUUUCGAAGCCAAGCCCGCUCCUGAUCCACUGGUGAGGAAGAGGAAUGCCGAUGGAGAGCUGGGCAGUGGUGGCAAAAAGGCCAAAACCAUUGCUGAGUGCACAACAGCGCUGGCGCACUUGUCCUAUGAAGAUCAGCUGAAGCAGAAGCAGUCUGAGGUGGAGAAUCUGCUGAAGAAGUUCUCAGGGCAGCACUGGAUGGCGUGCAGCAGCCAAAGGCAGGAAAUUGAGGAGGUGAGGAAACACUUUGGCGGACUUCCGUGCGAAUUGGAGCAGAUAAGGGCGUCUCCGCUGGUGUGUGGCUACAGGAAUAAGUGUGAAUUCUCCGUGGGACGCGAUGCCAACGGUGAGGACGUCGUGGGCUUCCGGCUGGGCAGCUAUGCAACGGGCUUCGUGGAGGUGUGUCCGGUGGAUGAGCUGAAGCACAUCCCGGACAGGGUGAAGAUGGCUGUGAGGAUGUUUCAGCAGUUUGUGCGCUCAUCCAAGCACGAUGUCUUCAAUCCUGAACACCAGACGGGAGUGUUUCGGCAAUUUGUCACGCGAUUGUCCUUCACAAGCAAUGAAAUCAUGCUUAUUGUUGGUGUGAAUGGGAAAGUUCUCGCCGAAGAGGAAGCGCACGAGCUGCAGAAGGACGUGAAAGUGUUCUUCGCGGAAGGACCAGGAAAGAUGCUGAAUGUGAGCUCACUCUUCUACCAAGACAUGCGGAAAAAGGACAAGGAGAACAAGAAGGACCUCAUGUUGGCCCUCCAUGGGCAGAAUCACAUCACAGAUGAGAUUCAUGGGCUCAAGUUCCGCAUCAGCCCCGAAUCCUUCUUCCAGAUCAACACACCGGCGGCCGAAGUGCUGUACAGCAGCAUCAUUGAACUGGGCGCCGUGGGGAAGGAGACAACUGUCCUGGACAUCUGCUGUGGCGCUGGGACAAUCGGUCUGUGCUUCGCCAAGCACUGCAAAGCCAUUCUGGGCGUGGAGAUCAUCGAGGAAGCCGUGAAGGAUGCCAAAUUCAACGCUGAAUCCAAUGGAAUUGACAACUGUGACUUCUUCACUGGCAAUUCAGAUGAUUUCAUCUUCAGCCUCAUGAAUCGCGUGACUUCAGGUGAUGUCCUGGCCGUUGUGGAUCCACCACGAGCUGGAUUGCAUGCAAAAUCAAUUCUGCAACUGAGAAAUGCCCGAAAUCUCAACAGACUCGUGUAUGUUUCCUGCGCUCCGAAGUUCGUGACCAAGAAUUGGUUGGAUUUGAUGCGUCCGUGCUCGAAGACAAUGAAAGGGGCGCCAUUCAAGCUGAAGAAAGCCCUGCCAGUCGAUAUGUUUCCCCACACGCCGCACAUGGAGUUGAUUCUCCUCUUCGAGAGGGACAAAGAUAAAGCGGAUGAUGUGCAAGUUCAGGAAGAUGAAGAAUGUGUAGAAAAGGAAUAAAGUCUUGUGGUGAGGCGCAAUUUUCAGUC